CUUUCUAAAGUGGAACAGUAUUUUAAAAAUGGCACCGAAAAUUGAAAAGUUGUGCGGAAACUUCAAGCUCGCAGAAGCUCCCCAUUGGGACGAGAGUUCCCAAAUGUUGUAUUUUGUGGAUAUCAACGGAUACAGCAUCAAUAGAUACGAUCCAAAGACGAAGAAACACACUAGUGCGCAUGUAGGAAAAAAUGUUUCCGUCAUUAUUCCCGUCAAAGGAAAAAAAGACCAAUUUGUUGUAAGCCUCGAACGGGAGUUAAUGCUAGUAACUUGGGAUGGAUUAAGUCAAAAGCCAUCAAAAAUGGAAAAAAUACUGGAAGUAGAUCCAAACACUAGAAACGUCUUUAACGACGGAAAAUGUGAUCCUUCAGGAAAAUUGUGGAUAGGUACCAUGGGCGGUCCACCAGUUGUAAUCGCAGAUAUUCCCUUGGGUAUGGGCACUUUGUACAGUAUUCAAAAUAAAAAAGCUAGCCCACACUUUUCUAAUAUUGGUAUAGCUAAUGGUAUUGCCUUUAACACAGAUCUGAAAAAGAUGUACUAUAUAGAUUCUCGUACUGGUACUGUUGAUCAGUACGACUGGGAUAUGGCUACUGGGAAAAUUGCCAAUGGAAAACCCAUCUUCACCGCCAAGAAAAACGAUAUGGAUGGUAUGGUCUUUGAUGGCAUGACUAUAGAUACUGACGGAAAUCUCUACGUAGCUGUGUGGGGAUCUAGAAUAAUUAAAAUUGACCCCAGAAAACCGGAAACUUUGUUAGAUACCAUUAUGAUGCCCGCAAAAAUAAUAUCUUCCGUAUGCUUUGGUGGGUCUAACUUAGACGAGCUUUACGUAACUAGCGGACAGGUUGGAAUCAGUCCAGGUCCAGAUGAUGGUGCUGUUUUUAAAGUAACUGGAUUGGGUACUAAAGGAUAUGCUGAAGUAUCGAUAGUAUUAUAAAAAUAACGAGUAAAAUCUAAUGUAAACUUAA